GCCUUCUCGACCACACGCGUUGCAUGCAACUGUUGGUAUCUCGGACCCUUUUAUCAUAGCCUGGCUAGGUACCCGGACGAUCACGAGAGAAGGAAAUGCAUAUAAGUAAAGGCGAUGGAAGGUCGAGGAGGAGCUGCAGAACAUCAUCGAUACCAUACACGUUCAGCUUCAAUCUGUCAUAGCUCCUCCAUACAUAGCAAUACUACAUCAUAUUCACGCAGCAUCGCACCCUAAACACCUCAAACAUACCAGUUCCUACAGUCUUCAAAAUGACCACCCAAUCCUCCCAAGCUAUCGCCUUCUUCGGCGCAACAGGCGGUACAACCGCUGCCGCCCUCGCCCUCACCCUGAAAGCAGGCUACCAUUGCACAGCUCUCGCCCGCACCCCGGCAAAGCUCACCAGCCUCCUCACAACAACCUACGCCCUGCCCGACUCCCUCCUCACCAGCAACCUCACAAUCACUCCAGGCUCCAUCGCCGACGCUGACGCGAUCCGCACCGUCCUUGCGCCUGCCACGCACGGCCCGGUAUCUCAGAUCAUCUUCGGCAUCGGCGGGAGCCCGAAGCUCCAGUACUCGCUGACCGCGCCGGUGACGUUGGACAACGUGCAUAUCUGCGAGACGGGCACGCAAGCAAUCCUCGACGUACUCAAAAGUAUGCUAGCCGAAGGCGUGGUGAAGAGAGAGCAGAGACCACGCAUGAUGGUGAUUAGUACCACGGGGGUCAGCCCACGCGAGGACGUGCCCUGGAGUAUGCGCUGGAUGUACCACUAUACUCUCUCUGUACCGCAUGCGGAUAAGAAGAAGAUGGAAGAGGCCGUGAUAAAGGGGUGUGAGGGUGCGGAAGCAUCGUUGGGUGGAUUUACGGUUGUGCGGCCAACUCUCUUGACGGAUGGUGUGGAGAAGGGGGUCGGGAGUGUACGGGUUGGGUGGGAAUAUGCUGGGGGACAGUUGACCGCUGACGGAAAGGAGGAGGCGCCGGGGCCAGCUGUUGGAUACUCUGUGAGCCGAAGGGAUGUCGGCGCGUGGAUUGCGGAAGAGGUCGUCAAGGGGAAAGGAAAGUGGGAUGGGAGGUGUGUGAGUUUGACAUACUAGAGCAUAACGGAUGAGAUGUGUUAGGACAUGCUCUGUGGGGUUUUUAUGAUACCAGCUUCUUUUAGAUUUAUGUACGAGCAAUCAAUCUCUUGUCGAUUUGUAUGUGUUUCUUGGUCGAUGUCAUAACAACUUUGGAAAUGAAGGGUCACAGGAUAAUCAAUUUCUACGUAGUUAAAAUUGCU